AUGAUCUACCUGCACCGACUAGCUGCACACUGCGGUAUACGGUUCAGCGGAAUUUCUAUUGCAUUGUCGCCGCCUCCAACCUCUCCACUCAAAGGAGAGUUCCACGAACUGAAAUUAUCGAAAAAGCGAAAGAUUUCUUGGGCACGAAGGAAGAACCUAAGUGGUACUAUGUUUCUUAUGAAUGAACCUGACAGUGGAAUUCAUUUGGUGUGGAAUCACGUAGUAGAAGUGCGGAAAGAAAAUUCAACCAGUAACUUACAUCCGCGUCGGCCAGCAGAGUUUGUAGCCAUGUACCCUUCGUAG